AUGGGCAUCUGUCUCAAACUGCAUGGCUCCAAAUUCUCAGAGAGCACGGUCUGUGCUGGAGGCGACUCUGGUCCUCGGAAUCGGAGGGCGGGUCGGGUCACCACAGCGCCCCCUGGAGGUCCCGAGACACUCACCCAGACGCUGGGUAUGCCCCGAGGCAGCAUGGUGGGCCUCGACGGCUUCUCUUCGAGGCCCUACCUGGACCUCUGGGAGUCCCCGCUGCCCACCCCGGAGCUUGCAUCCUCGGCGUGGCGGAGCAGGCCAGGAGCUCGGCCCGCACCAGCCCUUUGCGCCUGGGCUGGGGACCCCGCCCCAGGGAGCGAGGCAGCGUUGCACUGGCAGGCGUUGCCACCGCGCUACUCGCCCACACCGCGACCUCUGAGGCACGAGUACAACUAUCCCUCGUGGGAAAGUCGCAGCCUGACCGACGUGGCCCUAAGGCCCCCGGACCGUGCCAGGAAGCAGCGAUCCUGCAGCCGGCGCCUGGAGAAUGCUUGGGGGGAGGCAGGGACCAAGCCCCAGCAGCUGAGAGGUUGCAGUCACAGCCGGAUUUGGCAGCCGAUGCAACUGUACCAGACUCAGCCCUGCCAACAUUACCCUCCAGCCCAGGGAGACUCGCCCCCGCCGAGCCCUAGCAGAGCUUACACUCCCUUAAGUGAGCCUUUUGGAGUAGAAAAGGUACAGAAUGGAAACCAGUGGGCAGUGCCUGUCGGUAGAGAUUUAGGUUGCUGGUCUCUUUCCUCAGCUCCCACGGAGAAGUCUUCUGUGCUUUCCAAAGUGAGUGCACAGUCGGCUAGUGUGUACCCCCAGGGCAGUAAUGAGUUGAUGGAAUCACUAGCCAGUCAGUACUCCCAGCUGGAGGGGAGUUCAGAGCCAGUGUCCAGUGAGGAGGUUCAGGGACAGCAAACACAGCUCCUCAAAAGCAAGCUGGCAGAGAUGGUGAUCUCUUCCAGGGACCAGAAGAUUGUGGCUCUGGUGUUGGCCCGGCUCCAGAAGGCCCAGAGGAUGCGGGAGCUGCAGCAGCAGGCUGUUGCUGCCUGGGAGGAGCUGAAGCUCUCAGACCAGAAGGUCCAAAUGACUCUGGAGAGGGAGCGACAGCUGCUACUGCAGCAGAACCAGGAGCAAUGGCAGCAGGAGAAGGAACAGCCCAACCGCCAGGUGAAAAACAAGAUCCAGAAGGAAGGUCCAUGGAAGAGGCAAGUGGAAGGCCAAGAGAAGCAGCGCCAGGGCAAACUGGAGAGAAGCCGGGGCGCCGCUGACCACAGGAAGCAGUGGCCGCUGCAGCAGUUGAAAGGACAGCAGAGAUCGCAGGAACAGAAGAGCCUGCAACCGCAGAAGAGGCUGGAGCAGGAUUGUCACAAGAGGCACCUGCACGCCAUGGGGGACCUGAAGAAGGCCCAGGUGACCAACCUUACCUCCAUAGUCAAUUACCAAGCCCGCAAAGUCCUCAUGGACUGCCAGGCCAAGGCUGAGGAGCUCCUCAGGAAACUGUCCCUGGAACAAAAUUACCAUCAGUCCCAGGAGACCCAGCAGUGCCUGGUUAAGGAGCAUCACCAAGAGCUGAGGGAGAAGGACCAGAAGGAGCACAAGAAGUUCCAGGUCAAAUGGCAAGCGGGAGAGUUGAAGGAGCAAACAAAGAUGCACAAGAGGAUGCUGAUGGAGCUGGCCGACCAAAAGAUCCGGCAGGCCAAGAGUAACGCCCACAAGAACAUCAAAGACAAGGCCAAGCGUGUUCGAGAUCUCAAUGUCCUGCGGGAAAAGAAUCCUCACAUCCUAAAGUUGAAAGCCGAGAAGGAGGAAAAAUGCCACAUCGAAGGCAUCAAGGAGGCCAUUAAGAAAAAGCAGCAGAGAAUGGAACAGAUCUCCCGAGAGAAAGCAGCCGCCCUGGAGGAGUUCCAGAAGAUCUCCAGGGUCUCUUUACAACCAAGAGAUAAAAUGAGAGCCUUUGAUCAGAUGGCAGGGGAGGCCUAG